CCCCACCUCUCUCUCUCUCUCUCUCUCUCUCUGCUGAUGAUGAGGCUGUGUGUGAACGAUCUCUCCAUCUCUCCAUACAGACAUGUGGACUGAUCGUGCAACAUUUUGUCACUGACGCUGAACGUCAUUUAAGCGAGUUGAAAGCAACAGCUUGUGGUGUCAGUCAAAGUGGAGCAAUCACCUUUGCUUCAUAAAAGAAGCAAGAAUAUAUUAUCAGAUUGUGUUUGUAAGGAUGAAGGCAUGUCAAAAGAGUCUCAAAAGAAUGACACUAAAAUUAAUGUGACAGUCAUAAGAACCUAGAGACAGUUUCUUAAUGAAACAUGAGCAUGAAUGAGAAGCUUGGUGGAUCUGUUAGAUCCAGCUUUCAGGACGAUCAUGGAGAAAUCAGAAAUAACAACAGGUGCUCUGAGCAUUCAUGGGAUGGAGAUGCCAAUGCAAAUGAGAUUGAGAGUAAAGAUGGUAGAACUUUGGAGGACAUUGGUACUCAAUCAUCUUUUGUAUCUCACACUGAGGAACAGGACAAAAUCAUCAUCUGGGGCACAGACUCUCAGUAUGAUGAUCCUGAGCUGGCAGAGUUUGAGAUGUUGGAAUGCCAGGAACUGGAGGCUUACCUUGUCGAUUCAGAGGACAGUUAUAUUAAAGAUGAUGGACCGACACUAGGGACCGUUUCCAAAAUUAACACUCAAACUGAGGUUGAUGUUCAAAAAGCCACAAAACUAGAAACGAAAGAGCAAGAAACAGAUUCCCACCAAUCCAUCAGCAAAGAGAUGGAGACAUGCCCUUCAAGGGCUGAGUGUAGCUCUGAUAAUGAUGUAUUUGUAUCUUGUUACUCCACAAUGUCCAGUCUUGCCUCACAGUCUUGUUUGACAAUUUCAGAUAAAAGCAGAAGUUCUCCACACACUGAAAGAACUCAUGUAGAUCUCAAUCUGAACAAUACUGUAUUACUUGAGGAACCUUAUUUGGAAGCACAAGAAAACCAAGCAGCUCAAUACCUAUGUGUAAAAACAUGCAAAGAAUCCUCAGGCCAGUCAAAAACUGACAUAAAUGAAUGUAAACCAACCAUUGCAGGUGCUAAAAAUGAGCACAAUGAAAUAGAAAAUGCCAAUGACAACAAUGCGGAUGCUGCUGAGAAGCACCCGGCUUCAAUUAUGGAAGAAUGUAAACAUGAAGAUCCACAAAUGGUUUCACUUCAGCAAAAAUCUUGCCAAACAUUUGGGUCAGAUGACAAACAUUCUUUUUCAGUGGCCAGCAAGAUUCCUCACAAUACCAGUCAUGAAGUAAAAUCCAAACAAUCCCAAAAGGAAGAAACUGUAGAAAUGAUUCAAAGGUCCUUUAAGCCAGACUCAACAGAAGCACCCAGUCACAGUGUAGUUGCAGAACCCAGACUGUACCAGAAACAGGCAUCUUUUGAAAGAACUCAGAGAGCUAGCCCAUCUCACCUGGAAAGGAGAAUACCGAUGGGAACUUCUUCACGCACCCCUACUCCUCCAUCUUCUAAAUGCACCAGCUCCCCUAAACGGCAACCACUUUCACCAGCCAAGACUGCCAGCACACGAACUCCAAGUCAGGAACUGUCUGGUUCUCCACAAAGUCUUGCUAGUGGUUUGAAGCUUCCAAAUAAAAGCUAUUUAAAUAGUGGCAUCCCAAAACCAAUUCCCUCUCAACAGCCAUUUAAAUCAGAAUCUGAUUUUAUAAAGUCCUCUCCUCCUCAAAGGCCUAAAAAUGUCCGCCCAAAAAUAAUCACUUACGUCCGUAAGGGCCCUCAGCCAAAGCCCCAUUCUACAGACAGUCCAUAUGAAGCGUCUACUCUGCCCUCAAGGCUUUCAACGUACUCUAGUAUUCCGGCCAACAAAGAGCCAAAAGUUGCACGAUCCAGAGGCUCACCAGUGAUGAGCUCCUCCAAUAUUCUUCAUGACAAGUACCGACAGGAGUUGCAGAAAUCAGGAUACUACCCACCACCUGGCCUGAUGGUGUCUGGCAUCAGACCAACAGGUCAUACUUUACCUCAUAAAUUGGUGGGAAAAUCAGAAAGUUUUCAUGGUGAGCUCCCAGGCAACUUUAUGCAUGAGGUGGGCAGAGGAGCACACCGUGGUGUGUCUGAAGUAGCUGGUGCCUAUCGAGCACCAAGGGCUCUAAGGCCUCAGCUCGGCCUUGGAGCAGUCACAAGACAACCUACAACCAAAGCCAGGAUGCCGAUGACAGGCCAAAGGUCAACUUCACCUCUCAGCCACUCAGCUCCAAUGGGGCAGUCUACUCACUGCUACCAAGAUCCAACAGGGGAGCUGAAGAAGCCUAUAUUAGAGGUCGCUCCCAAGUCCCUCCUCCCCAAAUCAGGUCAGUCUGGCCUGCGCCCACCGGGCUUCUCCCACUUACCCACUGCUCGCCUGGCUGCUUUCGGCUUCAUCCGCAGUGCCAGUGUGUCCUCUGUGUCCAGCAACCAAUCCAAUGACAGUACUAACAGCAGCCUUGGCCGCCCUCCUCACUGUCAAAGCAGUGAAAAUGAGGAGACCCUCAUGGCGCGUGCUUCUUUCUCCCCUGGUGAUGGUGGGACUGGUAGACGAUCUAGCGUUGGAAGUACUCAGAGUGCAAAUCGCCGCACUGUGGUGCCUCCACCACGUGGUUCACCAGUUGCUGUUAGGAAGGAGUUUCAAAGAGCUGGAGAUGUUGCUCAUCCUGUUCUGUCCUCCCCAAAGAGAUUUGCAAUGAUCUCGCCCAAGCCUCAUUCCCCUGUGCGUCAGAAGUCAUGUGUGGCUCGUCUUGGAGGCCGGACAGAGGGGUUGGAUGCAGAGCGAGAGCGCCUCCUGGCGGUACAGAGCCUGAGAGAGCGCUGUGAGGAGCAGGCUAAGCAGAUCGUCGCCCUACAGGCCCAACUUGGAAAAACCUUGCUCUGCAUGGAUGUCUUGGCGAUUACCACUCAGCGCUUCUGCCAGAAGAACGAGAAUGCCUUGGUGAAGGAGAGGGAAUUGUCCCUGGAGCUUUCCAGGAUCAGGGAUGAAGUGGUGGUCAGCGUGGGCCGGUGGGAGCGCUUGCAGGGUGAGAAGGCUGAGCUGGAGCGCAAUUUUGAGCAGCAGCUGAGGAAGCUGAAGAACGAGCAGGAGAAGGAGCUGCAGGAUCUGCAGGAGAGGCUGAGGGAAGAGCAGCAGAAGGAGAUUGAGCUUCUGCAACAACAGCAGAACAGUCAGCUAGAGCAGCUCAACUCCCAGCACCAACAGCAGGUGGAGGAGAUGAGCGAGAGCCAUGAGGGGGCCUUGCUGGAGAUGGAGGCCGCUCAUAAAGCCACACUGGCCACACUACAGGAGGAGCAUGCUAGGACGGUCAAGAAUCUCAAGAUGGCUCACGAACAGCAGAAGAAAUCUCUGGAAGAAGAAUUCGAAAAACUCAGAUUGUCACUGCAGGAUCAGGUGGACACACUGACGUUUCAGAACCGCAGCUUGCGCGAUCGAGCUAAGCGUUUCGAGGAGGCACUACGCAGAAGUACAGACGAACAGAUAGUGGAAGCUUUGGCACCGUAUCAGCACAUAGAAGAGGAUCUGAAGAGUCUCAAAGAGGUUCUGGAGAUGAAGAAUCAACAGAUCCACGAACAAGAGAUCAAGAUAUCCGAGCUGGAGAAACUGGCCCAGAAGAAUGCUUUGUUAGAGGAGCGUGUUCAGGUUCUACAGCAGCGGAAUGAGGACCUUAAGGCGAGAAUAGACCUCAACCUUGCCAUGUCCAGACAACUCUCAGAGGAGAAUGCAAACUUGCAGGAGUACGUGGAGAAGGAGAGCAAUGAGAAAAAGCGACUGAGUCGCACAAACGAGGAGCUGCUCUGGCGUCUGCAGACGGGCGAAUUGAGCCCACGCAUGUCACCCAACCAGUCACCACUCCAUCGACCUUCUCCAGGCCCAGGCUCGCCAUCCCAGCUCCCACCCUUUCCUAGAUGAACCCCCUCUAUCUUUCUUUCUUUUCAUCAAUUUUAUUUCAGCUGUAACCUCAUUUAUAUGGCGUAAGUGCAAGAAGACACUUGAGGUGCUUACUGUAGUGAUUAUAGACUGUAUCAGUUGAGCUAAAUGUGCUGUAAAUGGGUGCUGAUAACUAGGUUAUCACAGGAGGCUCAGGAGGACCGUGUCUUACUUUAAAUCCUUUAACCGUCUGUAAAUCUGUGUCUUACGUAUUUUAAUUCUAAACAUAUGGGACUCAGUAUAACAGUACACAGACAGAAACCCCAAUAGUUUGUUCAUUUUAACAACUUUUUAAUGAGCAUCACCAUACAAACAUGAUGAACACAGCCCGUUUUGAGCUGCAGAUUUUUCUACCCAACAUGUACCAUGCAUAAUGAAGUACUGACUACCACUGGCAUGCUUUGCAAACUGGCAGUUUUAAUUAGCUUCUGUGGUGCCUGUAUGCCAAGCUUUGCUUUGACUACCAAUUCCAUAUAUCGGCUACGUAAGCUGAAAAUGAAGUACAAGACCAAAUACAAGAAUUCAACAGUCAAUUAUUCAUUCAUUCAUCUUCAGUAAGUGCUUUAUACUGGUCAGGGUCACCUACUAAUCUGGAGUCUAUCCUGGGAACAGAUUCGCACACUCAUUCACACUUAGAGACACUUUAGUGUAGACAGGUCACUCACCGACAUGUUUUCGUAGGUGGAAAGAAACUGGAGAAUUGCGUCACAAAAAACAUCCACAAAAAUGACCACAGAAUAUUUCAGGCCCUAAGUAACAACUUAUUCAACUCCAGCCCCAAAAUCCAUCCAAAAUCCCCCCCAAAUCCUCGUAUGCACCCAUUUCUCCAACAAACCAGUUAUAUUAUUUUAUUUGAAAGAAUAAGUUUAUUAUAAUUUUAUAACUUUCAGCGAAUCAGUUUAUUUUCAAUGAUGGAAAAACAGUUUAAUGAAUAAUACAAUAAAUACAACUGAGCAAGACUUGCUCUAACUACAGUUACAUACAUAGCAGUGUGUUCUUUAACACAAGGGGGCGCCCUGGAACUGCCUGAUGUAUAAACCUUUCCACCCAUGACAGAAAAGGUGCACUUUGUUUUCCAUAUCUGUGUAAAAAAAAAAGUAAAAAGCUACCCUGGUGGACUGAGGGCCCUAAGCAGCUUCUUUUACCAGACAUUUUCAAGAAAAAACUCACCAAGGAAACUUUAACCUAAAGCUCUAAUAUGAACUGUUGUCCUUUAGCUGUGAAGAAACAUUACCUGCUGUGACACCGAUCUGUCACUCAGAGUAAGUUGUUAAUAAUUUAUGUGUAGAAUCACACACUAAUCCUACAAAGAACACAUGUUUAACUUGGAAAUUUCUUCCUACAAAUAUACUGUAUAAUCAUUAUUGUUUUAGCAAUGAAAAAAAUAAUGAUCAUCACUGUCCUGGGAACAGAUUCGCACACUCAUUCACACCUAGAGAAACUCUGCAUGCAUUCUGUAAUAUUUAUAUUUUUUGUGAGCUCAUUGUUCAACAAGAUAUUAAACACAAAAUGACUGACCAUGGAUAUUAAAUGAGAAAAGUUAAAUAUUUAUGCUAAUGUACUUCACUAUCAGGCUGUUGUCAAGACUACUAUCUUCUCAGUGCAAAAAUAAUAACAAUAAUAACCAUGCCUUUAUUUUCUGGUAGCAAUGUUUACAGAACUCCAUGUCAGCCUUCAUUUAGGAAAAAACUGCCAUUGCUAUUCCUCUCAUGGACUGUUUAUAUGCUAAACAAACCUCCUCCUGCUCCUCCAGUCUUCCAUUUAAACGCAGAUGUUGUAUUUCUAUACUAUUUACCUGGCAACACUGAAGAGAUUUCAUCUCAUGCAGGAGAAAAACUUGUACUACUUGUAAUGUUGCUAAGCUAACAUACAGCUAAAGCAAGAUACAACAAUAUUAGCAUUUGAGCUGCAGCACAUUAUGCGAAAACUGCUAGCAUGCUCAAUGUCAUGUGCUAUUGUCUGUCAAACAUGAGAUGCUGACAGAGACAGAAAGCUAAAUGAUAUUGUAGGAAAAAAACAGGAUGUGUUGCAAGCAUAGUAAGAACUUUAGCAUUAUAAUAGUUUACUUGUUAUUAGCUGUGUUUCUGGUUACCACAGAGACUUUCAGGAUAGACAAAUUCACAUUACAUUACGACAUCUGGCAGACACCAUUAUCCAGUGCGACUUAAAGCUCGACAUUCUAAUUUAUUGAGAUGCACCGGUUAUGCACACACACACACACACACAUACCCAAAAAGGUCAAAUCUUUCUGUAGGCUUUUUCCUAACCAAGCAUCAUUGAUUGUAUUCAGUUUUUACUGCUACACAAAAAAUGAGCUUACAAAGGGCUUAAUAACAAGGUAUUGAAUCAGAUGAGGAGGAAACAAUCCUGAGAACUGAGUUGAGAGCUAGACAGUUAUCUGUUUUAACCUAGUUUCUGUUGCAUCUGCCACAAUUCAAGUGAAACAAAUGCUUAAUAAUUCAUUCAAAUUUGUCUGCCACUUAUUUUCAAUACAUGUAAAGGUGAUGCACUGAGAUACAACAGCAAAGGUGGGAAUGAGAAGGUAAAAAUGUUUCAUACCUUUAUGUUUUUAAUUUAUUAUAAAUCAUGAAUUGUGCUAUUUAUUUAAAAGUGUAAGUAUAUGGUAAGUGAACUUAUGUUUUUUACGAUCACUGUCAGUUUUUACAAUACAAUAUUGUAUUAAGCUCAACCAGACAAUAUUUCUGGUCAAUGUUUACUCAUCCCACAAACCUCUGAAGCCUCUAAAACAGUGUUUGUUGUCUCAUUCUCAGUGUUGAGCUCCGUAAUUUUAUUUUUUGUAUUGCAUUUUGUAUUAUGUAUAAUCAUUUAUCCCAGUCAGAAAUUAAUCUCAGGAUAAGAAGAUUCUUUUGAAGGCGCUUAAAUUCUAUAGAUGUACAAAUAACAGCAACAAUAUCCGUUUUUAAUGCAUACAGCUUACACAUUUAAAAAAGGUAUUAAACAGUUAUAUGUAAAAUACAAAUCACCUGAGAACAUAUCAGUUAAACAUACUUUUGGGAAAAUCGAGAGAUUCAGAAAUAUUUUGUAAUGUUUUCAUGAUUUCGUAUCUGAUCCAUCUAUCUCAAAUUACAUGGUUGCCAGUUUUACAGUAGCUUGUUUUUCUUGUUUUUAUGUUUGUGUUAAUUUGUGUAUGAAAAGUCAAUCCCAAUGACAUUAAAUUUCAUUUAUUUAUGGAGUUAGUAACAACUAAAUUGAAGUGUGAAGGAUGUGACAUUAAGAGAUGAACUCCACAUUAUUCCAUCUCAGUUACUGGGACUUAAUUUAUGUUGUAAAAUAUAUAUUUGUUUUUUUAUGUUUUGCCAGAAAAAUGGAGCAUGUCUUAAAGCUGGGAUUUCCUUAGGGUUAUUAAGUUGUUGCUGUACACCAUGUAAGUAUAGAUUAGAUUACAGUUUGGACUUGGACUGUAUUCAGAGAGAUCUGUUUGUAUAUAUUGCACUUUGGACUUCACUGUAAAUUCAAGGACAUGAAUCAGGCACUUUUAAAAGAAUGAGUUAUAACAUUAUUUACAGUUUACAGGAAUCUUAAACGAAUUAAGCCUAUAUGAUAUAACAGCAGGCAGCAGCUAUAUAUGAUCUACUAAAUUCACUGUAUUGAUUUAUAAAAUUAAUAAAUAAAAGAAAACAGUACCAUUUA